GAGCCCUCUUUUGCCUCUUAUAUCCUCCCCCUCCUCCGUCCCACCACCACCGACCUGGGCUGUCGUUGUUGCGUGUGUGCUGUCUGGUCUCCCUUUUUUCCCCCUUCUCCUCUUCUCCCCAAGGCCAAGUCGGGUCCUCGUCCACCAUGGCCAACAUCAUGCCCACUGGGGGCCUUCAGCCAGUUGCCAUCCCCGAUGACUUGAUCAACACCGCUGUUGAAAAGGAGUCUGAGGCGCUGGAGAAGCCCCAGGCCAUCACCGAGCGCGUCUGGGGCUUCGCGGCCCGUAUCGAUCCCACCGUCACCUUCGAGGAGUACCAGUACUGGGCCAAGAUCGAACGUGAGGAGGAGUACCAGGCCAACCUCGAGUUCAAGGCUGAGCACGGCCCCCGAACCGUCAAGAGCGUCCUGCUUGGCCGCUUCUCCAAGGGCAUCCACCACGAGAAUAAGAAGAAGGCCGAGGCUGCUGCCGCUGCUGCUGCUGCCGCUGCCGAUGCUGGCGAUGCCUCUCCAACAGAUGAGAAGAGCGGCAUCGUUGGCGCGCCGCAGAAGAGCGUGAGCCUCCCGACUGAGGCAGAAUGGAAGCAGGCUUCUCGUGCCAUGCGAACUGCCAGCUGGGGCACCAUGUUCUACCUCAUCACGACUGACAUCCUGGGUUGGUCGUCAACCCCGUUCGUCUUUGCCAGUGUCGGCUUCGGCCCUGGCGUUGCCCUGUACAUUGUCUUUGGUGCCGCCGCUGCCUUCUCCGGUUACAUCUUGUGGAAAGUCUUCCUUGGCCUCGACUCGUCUCGCUACCCCAUGGUUUCGUUUGGUGACACGUACUUUCGCGUGUACGGACCGUUUGCCCGCCACUUCAUCAACGUUGCCCAGGCCAUCCAGCAGUUCAUGACCGUCGCCGUGCUGAUUCUCGGCAGCGGCACGACCAUUGCUCAGCUGGCCAGCGAGAAGAUCUGCUUCAUCGCCUGUCUCAUCAUCUUCAUGGUGGUGGGCAUGGUCUUUGGCAGCAUCCGAUCUCUGCAGCGCAUCGGCUGGCUCGCCAACCUGUCCGUCUGGAUCAACAUUGUCUCCUUCAUCAUCAUCAUGGUUGCGUGCGCCAACUACCCCAUCGACUACUCCGCCUACCAGCAGCAGGCCACGGGCUUCGCCGGCCAGUUCAACGGCAUCAACCAGAUGGUGUACAGCUACGGCGGUGCCCUGCUGUUCAUUGCCUUCCUCGCCGAGAUGCGCCACCCUUGGGACUUUUGGAAGGGCAUGCUCUGCGCCCAGACCUUUAUCUGCAUCGUCUACAUCUUCUUCGGCGCCUUUGUCUAUGGCCACUACGGACAGUACUCUGCCUCCAACAUCAACAACGUCAUCCAGCCUGUGAGCCUGCAGACUGCGAACAACGUUCUCGGUUUGAUUACCGGAGCCAUUGCUUGUCUCAUGUACAUGAACGUCGGCAUGAAGACAGUCUACGUCGAAGUCUUCCAGGAGAUCCUCGGCCUGCCCCCGAUCACGACCCGCAGCGGCCGCUGGCUGUGGUACGCCCUGGGACCCCUCUACUGGGCCCUCGCCUUCGUCGUCGGCGCCGCCGUCCCCAACCUGAACGGCAUCUCCGGCAUCGUCGGCGCCCUCCUCAUCCUCAACUUCACCUACACCUUCCCGGCGUUCCUGUACAUUGGAUACCGCAUCAAGGCGGACGCCGCCCUGCCCGGCGAGGGCUUUGAUCCCGUGACCCGCGUGACGACCCGACACGAUUCUGGCUUCAAGCGCUGGAGGCGCGGCUUCAUGGUCAACUGGCACGUCAACACCAUGAACAUCAUCUACUUCCUCGGCGGCCUUGUCUGCUCGGGCAUGGGUUCUUGGGCUGCCAUUGAGGGCCUGAUAGAGGUCUUUGGACCGGGAGGCACUGUCGCCACGUCUUUUGGCUGCGCCGCGCCUGUGUAG